UCUGCUAAUAAUCCCAAACUCACACCUUUUCUGUUCACUCAUUCUCUUUGGUUAAUCUUUCCCUUGCAAAACCCACUUUUUCUUUCAAUUCUUUUUAUGCUUCAUUCUUCCCAUUCCACUCUACUUUUCAUAGUUUCUUAACCGGGUUUAUUCUAUUUUUCCUUGUUGGUAUGUGUUUGUUUCAGUUAGUAAUUACUUAAUUUAUUGCUUACGGUUACUACUUUAGCACCCAAGUAAAGCUUGUUUAGUGGCAUUGAGUAAUGAACCAUUUGCAUCACUGCAUGUACAUGUAACACCAAUUGUGUUUGAGUUUUGGGUUCUAGGCUCUGUUUGUUGGUUGAGAAAAAACAGAGGAAACUAAACAGAAAAUCAGAAAUGCUUUUCGAUUUCAUGUUUUUUGCGGCUGUAGUUAACCAAAACUGAAACUUUAGGCUGUGCUUAGACCGAUUGUAAGAAAAUUUAAGUUUUUGAACUGUUAAUUUCUUUUGUAAACCUCUACAUUUUUUCUAAACAAACAGGAAAGUAGUCAUUUUUGGUUACCCUGUUUUAUCUGGUUUUGUCUCUUAGGAAAAUCAGCUGUAAUUGCUUGAUCUCGUUCGUUCUGUUUCUGGGUUUUCUUCUACAUUUUCUAGGUUACCAAACGGAACACUGUUUGUCUAUUUUUUCCUUCUUCUCUUAUAAUAAUAUAAUUGCAUAAGACUUAUUACUUUAAUCUCUUUAUGCUCCUUUUUGGGUUUUGUUCAUUGAUACUGUGUUGACAAAAUCAUGCUUUUCUUUCGUCCUUUUCUGCUUUUCUACCUUUACUUUUAUCUCUUUUCGGUUCUCUCCCAAGUGGGAUUUCAAAAUUUUGUACAUUUUUUUUUCCUUUUGCCCUCUCUCUCUCUCUCUCUCUCUGCCUGUGUUAAAAAAGAGUCCACUGACCAGUCUUCUGCUCCGUUUGGUUGCCGAGAAAAAAAAAAGCACGGAAAAAGGAAAAGAAAAAGAAAAAAAAUCAAAACUUUAACUAUGACUUUCUUUCUGUUAGUAGGUUCUUAAGUUCAAUAAAAUUUAAACAAUUUUGAACUGGGCUGAAUUGUUUUUUGAAACAUCUACAGUAAGAACCAAUCAAAAAGUAGGCAGUUAAUAAUCUUACCCUACAUUUUCUAAGCUGCCAAACGGAGAUUUAGAGGUUUAAAUAAGGACAUAUUGUGAAAUUUUGUCAUGGGGUGCGAAAAUGUCUGGCUUGCCCCUUGGUGUUGAUCUAUUUUUUGGUGAUGUGUUUAGCAGGAAAGGUAAGGCUAUGCAUUUGACCAAGAUAAAAUGAGGCCAGAUUUCUAUACAGAGGUGUAAAGUGGCUUGUGUCUUGAUGUGUGAGAAUCUUUGGCGUUUGAAUGGUCUUUAUCCUUGGUUGACUAUUCUACUAUCUCAAAAUUUCAUGUGAGAUCUGGCCUGGCUAAGGAGGAAACUUGUCCCUUAUUUACAUCUGAUGAAUGUUUUCUUUCUGGAGCUGAGUAAAUGGGGAGUUGUGUAUCAACUAGUAGUCGGAGUACUUGUAGUAGCGGGAGCAAUGGAGAGACAGUCUCUCCCUCUUGUUUUUGCAGGCAAAAGAGAACGAGGAGAACAUUCUCAGACCAUGUUGUUAGCUUGCAGCAUCUACCAUCCAUACCGAACAGGAUUUUUAUGAAUGGAAAGAGCCGUACUUCUUGCAUAUUCACACAGCAGGGCCGCAAGGGUAUAAACCAGGAUGCCAUGGUUGUCUGGGAAGAUUUCAUGUCAGAAGAUGCUAUAUUUUGUGGUAUCUUUGAUGGCCAUGGUCCACAUGGCCAUCUUGUUGCACGCAAAGUGAGGGAUGUCCUGCCGAUAAAGCUAUUAUCAUUCUUGCAUUCUUAUCAGUCAAGGUCAAAUGGGUCAAAUACAACCUGCUUUAAAGGGAAUCUGAAGAGAUCAGAUGGUGGAGAUUCAGAGAAGGAUUGUUCAGCGGAGGAUAAAUUAAAUUCUAUAUGGAGAGAAGCUUUCUUAAAGUCAUACAAGGCCAUGGACAAAGAGCUGAGGUCUCAUCCAAAUUUGGACUGCUUCUGUAGUGGUAGCACCUCUGUCACCAUAGUGAAACAGGGCUCAAGCCUUUUUAUGGGAUAUAUUGGGGAUUCUCGAGCAAUUAUGGGGUCUAGGGACAGUAAUGAUUCCAUGAUGGCAGUCCAGUUGACUGUUGAUUUAAAGCCUGAUUUGCCAAGGGAGGCUGAAAGGAUUAAACGUUGUAAGGGUAGGGUCUUUGCUUUGCAAGAUGAGCCUGAAGUGCCUAGGGUAUGGUUGCCAUUUGAUGAUGCACCUGGAUUAGCAAUGGCUCGAGCAUUUGGGGAUUUCUGUUUGAAGGAGUAUGGGGUGAUCUCUAUACCUGAAUUCUCUCACCGGCUACUUACGGACAGAGAUCAGUUCAUCGUUCUUGCCUCUGAUGGGGUUUGGGAUGUCUUGAGUAAUGAAGAGGUGGUUGAGAUAGUAUCCACAGCUCCAACCCGAUCGUCAGCUGCAAGGAUCCUGGUGGACUCGGCUGCUCGUGAAUGGAAACUCAAAUACCCAACUUCGAAGAUGGAUGACUGUGCAGUGGUUUGUUUGUUUCUGGAUGGGAAAAUGGAUGCAGAAUCUGAUUAUGAUGAACAAAACUUCUCUUCUGCAACCCUUCAGAGCAAUCAUUCUGGUAAUGCUAUUGAAUCAGAUGAUGGCCAGAAGUCUGAACCAUCUUUGCAAAGGAACUUUACAGUCAGAUCAUCAGAAGAAAAUGAUGCUUAUGGACGAUUACCUGUUGAGGUUGAAGGGAAUGAGGAAACCGUAGCAGCUGAAGAUCAGAAUUGGUUAGGUUUGGAAGGCGUCACACGAGUGAACUCACUUGUUCAACUUCCCAGAUUUUCUGAGGAGAGGCCAAACCCCGAAAUUUUGUGAUUUCUAUAGAAAUGGAAUGGAACUAGUUUUCUUGUAUUACCUUGGUCUUGGCACCUUACAAAUACAAGAAGAAAACCUUUUUUCUUUGGUGACAUUUUGUCCAAGGUUUGUGUAUGUACAUUUAAAGCUACAAUCAAUGUUUUGUUCUUUUGUAUUGCACAGAAAUUCAGUCGAAAUCACUUUCAUCAAGGAAUGAUAUCAGCAUGGUUCCAAUUUCUGUA